AUGGAUGUGAAAGCGCUAGCGAAACCUCCAGCCUUCUUCAAAUAUGUAGAAAUCGUUUUGGGCCUGCUGGCACUCGGGCUCUACCGGGCUGCACUUGUGCCAGAUUCCUACAAUACUUCAAAUUCCUACGGUGCUUCAAAUUCCUACGGCGAUUCAAAUUCCUACGGCGAUUCAAAUUCCUAUGCCACUCGAGCUUUCACUGUAAAUCAGACGUACAACAGGUUGUUCGUGGUCAUCGGGACUCUCACGGGGCUUUUCCUUUCCACCCUCGUCUUCCCCUUCGCUCUCCUCUUAGGCCACAAUUCUGGCCCAAUGGAGGUUGUACAUGGAGGAGUUUCUGGCCUGUUCUACCUGGUCACGGGAAGUUUGCUCCUCAAGGAUAGGUCCAGCAUCUAUGGAUUCCUCCCAAUGAAGGAAAUGCGAAUGGUCAAGGCCUCCGGAUCCUUCUGCGUCAUCCUCGGCAUCCUUUUCAUCGUGGAUGCUGUCUUCAAUGCUCUCAAGGGGCUCAGGGCCAAGGAAUAA